AUGCAGCCUGAAAAACGUAGAACAAUUGAGUCUUAUUUUCAUUCAUUUACAAAGAAGCCACGUACAAGUACAAAUGAAGGAGAAAUAGAACUGAAUGUUAUUAAUUCAUCAUCAUCAUCAUAUGAAUCUGAACAUCUUCUUUCUUCAUCAUCUGCUAAUCCAAAUGUAUCUGACGUUAAUUCUACCAUUCAAUUAUCAUCAUUUGAUUCUCAAAAUCUUUCUUCUUCUUCUGAUAAUCAAAAAGGUACAUCAGAUGUUAAUUUUGUCACUCCAUCAUCAUCUCUUAUCUGUGGUCCUUCAAACAACACUGUUCAAGUAAAAUCUACUCCUGAUGAUAUUAGUAAAUCAUGUAAUGAUCUUCCUGCUCAGCCAAAAUUGACAACUUAUCCAAACAAUGCUGAUAAACGUUCAUUUCAAUCAAGUUGGUAUAAAGAAAGACCUUGGUUGGAAUAUUCUAUAAAAAACGAUAUGUGUUAUUGUUAUUAUUGUCGUUAUUUUUCUUGCAAUCGAUCGAUUAAUUACGAUGCUUUUACCACAACUGGAUUCAACAAUUGGAAGAGAUCUUUAGAAACUAAUGGUGGUUUAUUAAAACAUUCUCAAUCACAAUUACAUAUAACUUCCACCAAAAAUUACGAAUCAUAUGUUUUGCGACAACGAAAUAACUCAAGUGUUAUUAAUCAAUUAGAUGCUGGUCGAGUUAUUCAUAUUCGUAAAAAUCGUGAUCGUCUUAUAAAAAUAUGUUCAACGUUACAUUUUUUAGCACGUCAAAUGAUUAGUUUUAGAGGUCACAGAGAAAAUUCACAAAGUUCAAAUCAAGGUAAUUUUAUGGAACUUCUUCGUUGGUCAGCAACAAGUGAUCCUGUAGUAAAAUCAGUUUUAGAAGAUUCUGCAGGUAACGCUAGUUACUUGAGUCAUGAUAUACAAAAUGAAUUAAUUCAUAUUAUGGCUAAUCAAGUGCGUGAAAAAAUUUCAUCUAUGCUACACAAUCAUAAUUAUACAUUAAUGGCUGACGAAUCUCGAGACAUAAGUGGCACUCAACAACUAUCUAUUGUAAUUCGAUUUGUUCAUGAUCAAGAUAUUGAUAUGAAUGACUAUUCAAAUAUAGUAAAGGACUAUUUUCUUGGUUUUCUUCCAUUACAAGAAUUUGAUGCACCAGCAUUAGCAAUCAGGAUUGUUCAGUUUUUAAAUGAACUUAAUAUUCCUUUACAGACAUGUAUUUCUUUAUGUUUCGACGGUGCCAGUGUCAUGUCCGGGUGUCAUGCUGGACUUCAUGUUGUAUUAAAAGAACAUAUGCCACAUGGAAUAUAUAUUCACUGUUCAGCUCAUCGAUUGAAUCUUGUUAUUAAUGGUACAUGUCAAGUUGUUUAUUAUAUACUAGAUUAUUUUUCAAUUCUUUCAAAUAUUUAUUCAUUUUUUACUGAAUCUGGUGUAACUAAUACAUAUUUUAAAAAAGCACAACAAGAAUUAAACUUAAAUCAAUCUUCGACAUUGAAACUAUGGGGUUUGACCAGAUGGGAUUCUCGAUGGAAAUCUAUCGAUGCCAUUAUUAAUAAUUAUCCAGCAAUUAUCAAUGCUCUUUCUGAUAUUAGUGAAGAAGGUGGUGGAAAACGUUCAAUUAAUGCUGGUGGACUUUUAACACAUGUAAAAAAGUCCAUUUUUAUUAUCACAUCGUUCAUUCUUCAUAAACUAUUUGGUUUAAUAAAAGUAUUGAGUGAUCAUUUAAAGAGCUCUUCUCUAGAUUAUGUACGUGGUGAACAUCUCGUAACAUCAAUUAUUCAACAAAUAACUGAUCUUCGUAACGAACAUUCAUACAAACAAAUAUAUGAUAAAGCAAAACAAUUUUGUGAUUCAAAUGGAAUUGAUUUAGUACAACAAUAUCAUAUAAAUCGUAAAACAAAAAUUCCAACUCGAUUUAAAGAUUGUUUUAUUGAUUCAACUGUUGGACAACGUGAAAUGUUGUCUACAUCAACUGAUUUUAUGAAUAAGAUUUAUUUUCCUUUGAUUGAUUGUAUGUUGGUAGAGUUAAAUGAUAGAUUUUCAUCGAAAACAUUAGCAUUAAUGAAGAGUAUGUCUACUGUCUAUCCUGAAAGUGAAAACUUUUUGAAUAGUGAAGAUGUUGAUGCAUUUUGUCGUCAUGUUAAUGUUGAUUCAAGUAGUUUAAAGAAUGAAUUUGCUGUUAUUAAAUCAAUGUUCAAGACGAAAAAAAUCGAUGAUGUUAUUCAAUUCUUAAAAGAAUUAAUUCCAUAUUCUACUGCAUUUCCACAAACAAUACUAAUGGUCAAAAAUGCUAUGACAAUGCCGGUUUCACAAGUGACAUGCGAACGCUCAUUCUCAAAGAUGAAAAUAAUAAA